CUUGCACGCAACAUCUCCGAAAAAUAAAUGGAACGCUGGGAAGGAAAAGUGGCCGUAGUGACUGGUGCCAGUGUUGGGAUAGGACCUAUCGUCAUGAAAACCCUAGCAGAAAAGGGCAUGAAGGUAAUAGGCUUAGCCCGCCUCACUCACCGCCUCCAAGACCUCGCCGCCUCCGUUAGUACGAUCUGUGGUCAAAUUAUCCCCCUAAAAUGCGACAUUGCCAGAGAAGACGAUAUUCUGAAAUCCUUUAACUGGAUAACUGAAAAAAUCGGCCCUAUACAUGUCCUUGUGAAUAACGCUGGAUUGAGUAGAAACAGUACUCUACUGGAAGGUGCCACCAAAGACUGGAAGCGUGUGUUUGAAGUAAACGUAAUAGCGUUAUGUAUCUGUACACGAGAAGCUAUCCGAAUAAUGAGAAGAUACAACGUGGCUGGUCACAUUAUCCAUAUGAAUUCUAUAGCUGGUCAUAAAGUUCCGAUUAUGCCAGAGCCGAGCCUCAACGUGUAUCCGGCGUCUAAAUUUGCAGUGACCGCGCUAACUGAGACUUUACGACAAGAGCUACGAUUUGCAGGAAGUAGGAUUAAAAUUACGAGUAUAAGUCCGGGUUUAGUUCGUGGUGAAUCUCAAGAGGGUUUUUCAGACGAUGAUGAAAUUCCGGCUCUGAAACCGGAAGAUAUAGCUGAAGCUAUUGUAUAUGUGUUGUCGACAGGUCCAAACGUGCAGGUGCACGAACUGACAGUUCAUCCACUUGGUGAAAUUUUCUAGUUCAUAUAUUUUAUUACGGCAACUGAUAAU